UCAAGACUGGUAAUAAUUAGAGACAGAGAUGAAGAAGAUUCCUCCGUAGGACUUUGCAACUAGUUAGUGUUUAACACGUGUGAACGAACACUGUCCCUUUCCAUCUUCGUGCGCUACGCUGGCUUCAUUUCCAGACAUCGAUCCUUGUCUUUUUCUCCGAUCACGCAACCAUACGAAUCUCCACUUCCUCUGCGGCGGAGGAGUAUUCAUGUGGAAGGAGGAGUGGUUGGAUGCAAUACUUGUCCCCGCGGGUCUCGCCGUGAUGGUCGCAUACCACGUCUGGCUCGGCUACGCUAUAAUCCACCGUCCCAAGCUCACUGUUAUCUCCCUCAACGCUGAAUCUCGACGACAAUGGGUCUUCUCUAUGAUGACCGAGCCGCUGAAGAACGGUACUUUAGCAGUACAGACAAUAAGGAACAACAUAAUGGCAUCAACUCUUUUAGCCACGACAGCAAUCACUCUCUGUUCCAUCAUCGGCGUCUUCGUAAACAACAACACCUCUGCUUCCAAAUCCACAGCCUCCUCGUCUAUCAUAUACGGAAACAAAAGCCCUCUCCUUUCGACCAUCAAGAACUUCGCGAUCCUCGUCUGUUUCCUCAUGGCCUUUCUCUGCAACGUCCAGUCCAUCAGGUACUACGCUCAUGUGAGUUUCCUCAUCACGGUUCCCGUCUCUAGAGGGAAGAGAGAGCAUUGUGAGUACGUGUCUAGAAACCUGAACCGAGCUAGCUACUUCUGGUCUCUCGGACUUCGAGCUUUCUACUUCUCCUUCCCGCUCUUCCUGUGGAACUUCGGUCCCAUCCCUAUGUUUGUGUGUUGCUGUUUGAUGUCGUCGAUUCUUUAUUUCUUGGAUACCACCACUAGCUUCACUAGGCAUCUCCAUAGCGAGUCUUUCAGAGAGAUUGCUGAGUCUAUGGACGAUGAAAUCGAAUCAGCCGUUCAUUCUCUGUAGAAUCUUCUCUGUUUUCUUGUGUGGAUGAAGAGUUGUAGUAUUAGCGGAGUUUGUUUGUAAUGUGAUGAAACAACCUUGGCUGUGUCCGAGAGCGCAAACGCUUAUGUAAAACGCAAAUAAACUGUCCAAAUAACAUGUUACAUAGAUUGUAGACUAAGUAAUCUCUUGCACAUUGUUGUCAUUAUUAGUUAACUCAUUGCCUUUGAUAUAUUAC